AACCCCUGUUCUGUAUGAAGCAGUGGAUCCCAGCUUUUUUUCCCAUUCCCCAGGAUAAUAAAAACAAUGAAAAUCUCUUCUUCAUUAACCUUUCUUGCCUCUUUGCUUUUUUCUCCGGAAAUGGAAUGAAUGUGUGUGUUAGAUGUCGAUGACUGACAAUAAUGAACACUGGACGUCGACUCCGUUUCCGACGCCGGAAACAGAUUUGGCAAAGUUGCGCAGUCGGUUUUCCGCAGCGGAUUACGCGGUUUUUGCGGGUCUGCUCGCAGUGUCGGCCUUCAUCGGCGUUUACUAUGGAUUCUUCAAGCGGAAGCAGAACAAUUCCACUGCCGACUUCCUCAUGGCCGGAAGGUCAAUGGGGGUUUUCCCCAUGGCCAUGUCCCUCAUGGCCAGUUUCAUGUCUGCAAUCACAUUGCUUGGGACACCUGCUGAGGUUUACCAGUAUGGCACAAUGUACUGGUUCAUUGGGGUGUCCUACUUCCUGGUCAUCCCUGGUGCAGCCUAUCUGUACCUUCCUGUGUUCUACCAGCUGGAACUCACAUCAGCAUAUGAGGCAUGUUUUUACCUGGAGCUGAGGUUCAACAGGGUCUUGAGGUGCACUGGAUCUGGGAUAUUUGUUAUACAAAUGGUCAUGUACAUGGCCAUUGUGGUGUAUGCUCCUGCUCUUGCACUCAGUCAGGUGACUGGGAUGAAUGUGUACCUGUCUGUGUGCCUGAUUUUUGGGGUAUGCGCAUUCUAUACUGUCUUGGGAGGAAUGAAAGCUGUCAUGUGGACAGACACAGUUCAGGUCAUCAUCAUGUAUGCAGCCAUGAUUGGUGUGGUGAUCAAGGGUGCUGCAGAUGCAGGAGGCAUUGGGGAGGUCAUCAGAAUCAAUCAGCACUCUGGAAGACUUGCCCUCAACUUCAGUGGUGACAUCAGGGAGAGGCACACUUUGUGGUCAACAGUUUUGGGAGGGUAUUUCACCUGGAUUGCCAUUUAUGGAGUGAACCAGGCUCAAGUGCAAAGAUAUCUAACUGUCCCAAAGCAGAGCAUGGCUAUCAAAUAUGAGCAAUGUGACCCUUUAACUGUGAAAACUGUCAGUAAAUCUGAUCAAUUAUUCCCUUUAUUUGUAAUGGACACUCUGGGAGAAAUCAGUGGAGUCCCAGGGAUAUUUGUGGCAGGGAUCUUCAGUGGUGCCUUGAGCACUGUGUCCUCUGGGGUAAAUUCAUUGGCUGCCAUAGCCCUGGAGGACUUUGUAAAGCAAUUUUUCUGGAAGAACAUGACCCAGUCCAAUGAACUCAUGAUGUCCAAGAUUUUGUCUCUUGUGUUUGCUUUGGUAUCUUUUGGCCUGGUGUUUGUGGCUGAACAACUGGGAGAUGUGCUCCAGGCUGCACUCAGUAUAUUUGGCAUGGUUGGGGGACCACUGCUGGGUUUGUUCACUCUUGGAAUGUUUUUUCCUUGGGCAAACUCCAAGGGUGCUGCUUGUGGAGCUUUGGCUGCUAUAUGCACCACAUUCUGGAUUGGCUUUGGUGCUCAAGUGGUGAAAGCCAAGGGGUACUUAGUCCUAGAGAAAAUGCCAAUUUCAGCCACAUGCUUGCUCAACCAGAAUUCCAGUGUGACUGAAUCAAUGAUCACAAGUACUAUGCAGCCUGAAAAGAGCCUAGAGUGGUUUCCUCUACUGGAAUUAUAUGGCAUUUCAUACAUGUGGUAUGCAGCCAUUGGCUGCUUCACAGUCAUCAUUGUGGGGAUGCUGGUGAGCCUGGUGACAACAUUGCAGGACACCAGUCAACUGGAUCCAAGGGUCAUCAGUCCAGUUAUGUUGAAGAUCAUGGGAAGGAUGCCUGAAGGAUUCAGGAGGGCCAUUGCUUGGAACAUUGGACAUUCUUUUAGUCCUCAAGAUGAAGGCAAAGGCAUGUUCCAGUUGGGAGACACUGAUGGAAGUUUGGGGAAAAUUGAAAAUAGGUCCGGAAUUUUCAAUUCAGCCUACAUAAGUUCGCCAGAAGAAGUCUUGGACAACGAAAGCAGUGCUGCGAAAUUGAAAUCAGAAAAGUUGAAAUUGUAGCAGACGAGGAUCAGACGAAAACUCCACAUAAUUUUUCCUUUUGUCUUGCAACGCCAACCUGCAAUUGCUGGUGAAUGAAACAUUGGAAUUCGUUUUCCAAGUGUCAAGCAGUGAAUUUCGAGAAGUGACACCUAGCUUGUGUUGUUGAAACCUCAAGGCCAGCUGCUUGGCCUUUUCAAUCUCAGGUGUCGCAAGAACUUGAACUCCCUUGACAUGAUUGAAAAAAUAAAUAUUUUAUAGUGUAUUGAUGAAAAA